ACUCAACACUUGCAGAAGAGUUGCCGGGCCUCUUCUCUCCAGCUUCACUCCAAUGGCUCUUCUUCAUUCCUAUAUACCUCACAGUCAUCGGAGCUUAGCCACACUCUCACCCUUCACUACUUUCACUUUCAAAUCGAAACCCUUUUGCAUUUCCUUCGCUAAUCCUUGUUCUUCCUCCAUAACCCAUCAACGUUAUCCACUCUUCACCUCCGACGAUAGAGAUAGGCUUCUUUCUCUCUCCACCACAAUCCCCAGAAAGUUGCUCUGUAAACCACCUCAAGGAAAAUUUGUCAGAGAGGACUAUCUUGUGAAAAAGUUGUCAGCUGAGGAAAUUCAAGAGUUGGUGAGGGGAGAAAGAAAUGUGCCUCUUAUUAUUGAUUUCUAUGCAACAUGGUGUGGACCUUGUAUCUUAAUGGCUCAAGAACUCGAAAUGCUUGCGGUUGAAUAUGAGAACAAUGCAAUAAUUGUUAAGGUUGAUACAGAUGAUGAGUAUGAAUUUGCACGUGACAUGCAGGUUCGAGGAUUGCCUACACUGUUCUUCAUAAGUCCUGAUCCAAAUAAAGAAGCGAUUCGAACCGAAGGACUGAUCCCAAUACAGAUGAUGCGAGAUAUCAUUGACAAGGAGAUGUGAAACAAGAUUUUCAAUGUCAUGUGAAUUCUGUUGUAAUAUUGUUAGCUUCUUUAGGACAUAUUUGAAUGUAUGAAUGAAUUGAAUCAAACCCUUUUUUUCUGUCCUGAAUUGCAUGUGGACGCUUGGAAGCCAUCAUGGUUUUUCUUCUUUUGUAAAAGAAAUAUAUUUAAUCCGCCGAAUUAGUUUGAUUUU